AUGGCAGGAGAAGAAGACCAGCACCGCCGGCGGCAUGGAGAAGCGACAGUAGUGAUUAUCGGAGGAGGAAUUUCUGGAAUUUGCGUCGCAAUUGAUUUACUCAAGAGGAACAAUUGUAGAGAUUUUGUUAUUUUGGAGAAGAGUGCGGGCGUGGGGGGGACUUGGCUAGACAACAAAUACCCCGGCUGCUGCUGCGACGUCUGGUCCGCCCUCUACUCCCUCAGUUUCGCACAAAACCCCAACUGGACACGCGAAUACCCCGGGCAAGAAGAAAUCCUCGCCUACCUCACCGACGUUGCUCAGGAAUACAAACUCUAUCCUCACUUCCGCUUCAACUCCUCCGUCACAGGCGCCACCUGGGACACGGAAACCAAAAAAUGGCUCGUCCACGUCUCCACGGCCGCAGGCAGCAAAGAAGCCGAAUUCCACGCUUCAUAUACGCUUCAAGCAGAUUUUCUCGUCAGUGCAGUUGGACAAUUGAAUAUUCCAAAAUAUCCUUCUGCAGCAUCAAUUCCUGGAAUUGAAGAAUUUACGGGCAAAAAAAUGCAUUCGGCUCGUUGGGAUUGGUCGUAUAAUUUUCGAGAUAAAAAAAUCGCUUUGAUCGGAAAUGGUUGUACAGCAGUUCAAAUCUUGCCCGAACUCGUCGCUGGAGGAGCGAAAUCUGUCACGCUAUUCCAACGAACCCCGAAUUGGGUUGUGCCGCGAGGUGAUGGACCCGUAUCUCCCUUGUGGCGGAAUAUAUACAAAUAUAUCCCUGGAGUGUUGGCUCGUAAACGAGCGACUCAGAUGGAUUUUCGAGAGGAACAAUUUCAGUUUAUUAAUUAUUCGAAUCCGGAAAUGGCGGAGGCGUACAUGGCAGCGCAUCGGGAGAAGUUGCGAGAGAAUUUACCGGACAGAAAGGAUUUGUGGGAGAAAUUGACGCCGAAAUACGGAUUGGGGGCGAAGAGGUUGAUUAUUUCAGAUGAUUAUUUUCCCACGUUGGCGAGGGAGAAUGUUUUUUUGGAGACGAGGGGGAUUGAAAGGAUUGAGGGGAGGAGGAUUUUAGUCCGUGAUGAAGAAGAAGAAGGGAGUGAAACUAAAAUCGUCGAUUCUCUUCCCUCCUCCUCCUCCUCCUCUUCUUCCGACGACGACGACGGAUUCGACCUCCUCAUCUGCGCCACCGGCUUCCUCACAACCUCCUUCCUCCACCCCCUCACCCUCACAGGCCCCUCAGGCAUCCCCCUCUCCUCAACCUGGUCCUCCACCUCCUCGGCAGGCCCUCAAGCCCUCUACGGAAUCACCGUCCCCUCUCUCCCCAACUUCGCCAUGCUCUACGGCCCCAACACCAAUCUCGGCCACAAUUCCAUCAUUUUGAUGAUUGAAGCUCAAUCGCGAUAUAUAAAUGCUUUGAUUCGCGUGAUUCUUGACGCGAAAAGACAAGGGGGGGUGGUUACGACUUUGAGACCGAGAGAAGAUGUUACGGAGCGGUAUUAUGAGAUGAUUCAGAAAGAGUUGAGGAAUUCGGUGUUUUGGGAUGAGAAGGUGGAGAGUUGGUAUAAAAAUGAUCAAGGCGUGAUUGUGAAUAAUUUUUCGAGAUCGGUGGUGGAGUAUCAGAAAUUGGUGGAGAAGGUGGAUUUGGGGGAGUUUGAGGUGGAGGAAUGGGGGUUUGAAAAAGGGGAGGGGGAUGGGGAUGAUAAGAAGAAAAAAGUUGCGAGGAGAGAGGGAAAGAAAAAUGAUGAGAUUGUGUAUGUGGGGAGGGUGAGGGAGGAAACUGUUGUGUCGGAUCGCAUGUUGAUGGUUAUGGGGGUGGUGAGUACGGUUGCGGUCGCGGGGGCUUGGGCGGUUAGGAGGUUGGGGGGGUUGCAGAGGUUGGGGUGAGGUGAGGUGAGGUGAG